CAAGCAAUACGAAGCGACGACGUCACAUCCAGUGAGCUGGUCGUUGAGCGAGGAAAAAAAACAAAACAAAACAUAACACACCAAGUAAUGUACCGGAGACCUAAGGCUGAGCUCUCCCGCAAAUUACAAUGUGCAGCAUUCAGACUAGACACAGAAGUUUCCUCCAGGGGUGAGGAAGCUAACAUUAGCUAGCUAGCCGACCGGCCCUGUUGUUCACCAUGAAUUUAAGAGGACUCUUUCAGGACUUCAAUCCCAGUAAGUUCCUGAUCUACUCCUGCCUGCUGCUGUUCUCCGUGCUGCUGUCCCUGAGGCUGGACGGGGUCAUACAGUGGAGCUACUGGGCCGUGUUCACCCCAAUAUGGCUGUGGAAACUGUUGGUGAUCAUCGGGGCCUCCGUGGGCACCGGCGUGUGGGCCCACAACCCUCAGUACAGGGCUGAAGGGGAGACAUGCGUGGAGUUCAAGGCCAUGCUGAUAGCGGUGGGGCUGCACGUCCUGCUGCUGAUGUUCGAGGUGUUGGUGUGCGACCGCGUGGAGAAGGGCAAAUACUUCUGGCUCCUCGUCUUCAUGCCGCUCUUCUUCGUGUCGCCCGUUUCCGUAGCAGCCUGCGUCUGGGGCUUCAGACACGAUCGCUCCCUUGAGCUGGAGGUGCUGUGCUCUGUAAAUAUCCUGCAGUUCAUCUUCAUCGCUCUGAGGUUGGACAAAAUCAUACUCUGGCCUUGGCUGGUGGUGUGUGUCCCGCUGUGGAUCCUCAUGUCCUUCCUGUGCCUUGUCGUCCUCUACUACAUCAUCUGGUCAGUCCUCUUCCUCCGCUCCAUAGACAUCAUCGCCGAGCAACGGCGCACGCACAUCACCAUGGCAAUCAGCUGGAUGACCAUCGUUGUACCUCUUCUCACCUUCGAGAUCCUUUUGGUGCACAAGCUGGACGGACACAACAGUCUGAGCUACGUGUGUGUGUUCGUCCCGCUGUGGCUCUCCCUGCUCACACUCAUGGCCACCACCUUCGGACAGAAAGGAGGAAACCACUGGUGGUUCGGCAUCCGUAAGGACUUCUGUCACUUCCUGCUGGAGCUGCUGCCCUUCCUCAGGGAGUACGGCAACGUGUCCUACGACCUCCAGCGCAGCGAGGACCCCGAGGCGGUCGACGACCUGCCCGUCCCCGAGCCGCCGCCCAAGAUCGCCCCCAUGUUCCACAAGAAAACGGGCGUGGUCAUCACUCAGAGUCCUGGGAAGUACUUCGUCCCGCCGCCGAAGCUCUGCAUCGACAUGCCCGACUAAACGCCGGAGCCGCGCCGCGCCGGACUCUUCAUUUUAAAAAGAAACAAACAAAAAAAAAACUAUUAAAGCCAAAGCUGCAGAGGACACGGUGUACAGAUUUAUCUGCUGACCUGAAGGAGUCAGAGCGGCUACCUAUACCAAGCUGCGGCGCGCUCCUUGCGAAGGAGGCGGGGCCUGUUCAGAGCCGGCGGAUCCAAACUCCUCACACUGGUUUCUUCAGUUGUUUGAAGACUCUUCCCUAAAUCCGUCUAGAAGCAAAUCGUUAAACUGGCUGUUUUUCGCCUCUCGGUGAAGUCACACUGUGUUGCUCAUGUCUAAUCUGACAAACCUUUCGGUUUAUUUGACUACAAAGAUAAUCUGAGAUUAGAGUCUGCAUGAGGCCGAGUCGGGUCAGACUGGAUUUGACUCUGAAACGUUUUCGGGGGUAUCGGGUUGUGAUGGGGGACCAUUGGAAAGACUCUGUGGCUUCAUUAUGGGAUCAGUGUAGCUCUCUUUGUUUUGCCGUUAAUGCAGCCGUUCAUCGGACAUGAACGGCUGCAUUAACAAAAUAAGAGGGUUAAUUUAAAAGUUUUAUUCAGGUUUGUUUGAUUACAAUGUUUGCAUGUCGGUGCGUUCAAGAGGAAGUCACUGUAAUCACACCAGAGAUUCUUUCCAACCUUUUUUUUUUGUUUUACUAGACAUGCACUUCUUAAUUGCACCCACAAUGUUUUUUUUUUUAGGUUUUUGCUUUUGUAGAGAAGAAGUAUUUCCAGUUUGACAUUUUUCCAAUCAUAAUUUUCCUUGUAUUAUUGAAGGAAUAUAUUUUUUUGCGUGAAGUUUUAUUAACAAAAACCAAAUGGUUUGUUUGCUGCUAGAACAAGUUGUAAAAGUAUUUUGGUUAUUCAACUAUUUUAGUUUAGUUUAAAAACCUGACCACACUUUGACCCGUUGUGAAAGACUUAUGUUUUCAAUCUGACAUUUGGUUUUAAUAUAACUUUACUAGAGCUGCACCAAUCAACAAAAAUUUUGUGACCAAUUUUUGUUUUUUAUAUAUUUUUGAUCUCUGAAUUUAGUCAACGUGUGAGCCGCUGAAAUUUGUUUUAGCCUGUCCUGUUUCCCUUUUUCAAGUAAUAUAAAAUACACAACCCCAAAGAAAGUUUUUAAGAUUUUAAAACAAGUCACUACAGAUUUUAAGCUCUCAGCAGGAUCCUAUAAUAGCAUUCAAAAUCCGAGACAUCCCAAAGGCUGCCAAUAUUUCCAGAUGCAGAUUUUUUCAGAAGCUUGAGAUGGAAAAAAGAGAGCAACAUUACUGUAGUAUGUUCAGCCUUUCUGUUAUCUGCUGAAAGUUUUGCUCUCUCUCAUCUUUAGCCUAGCUAAACAUGCAGACCUGUUGUAGGAAAUUGUUUGCCAAACAGCUUAUUGCAUCUUUAAUCUUCCUCAGUUCAAUCACCUCCCUGCUCCGAUACUUAAAAAUAGGUAACUUUGACUCUUCUUCCCUCAGUAGCAGCUUCCACACUAAACAUAACCUGUGAACGUUGUGGUGUGUUCACUCAUCAGAAAUGUUUGCAUUUUGGAGUUUCAGGCCAACCGUACGUUGGUUAGGGAAAGAAAGGAAGGAAAAAAAGAGAAAAUUUGAUUACAGUGACUUGUUUUUUUUAAUGUCCUUGCAGACGUUGUUCUGAAAUAAACCUGAUUAAAAAGUAUUUUUUUGUUUUCAUUAGGAGAAAAUCAGAAAUGGCACUUUAAGAAGCACCGUAGGACUUCUUAUGUUUUGUAUACCUUCUUUUUUUUUCUGUUUUUGUAAAUACUACAGCUCCUGAAUAUUGGGACCAGAAGAUUGAAAUAAAAUCAGUCCUACACUCCUA